AUGCGUCGUCCGCAUACUACGGAUAUACAGCAGCGGGAAAAGCGGCAUAAUGUCUUUUUUAUUCCCGAAGUCAAACCCUCCGUCGCCGGUUCGGGGGCGUCACGCUUUUCACACUCGCCCACGGCCAGCAGUGGCUCUCGGGUCUCCGUAUCAAAGCACGUCUCUAUGCUAGAGGCAUCGCGGCACCGUCUCUCUAUAAGGAAAUCGGCAGCAUUCCCAAUGCAACAGACGGCACCCAAACCGUUCCUCUCAUCCUGCGCAGAUAUCACGCGGCACGGCAGGGAUUGGAACGCGGAGUUCCAGUUAGCGUGGGAGAUGGACGACAGCACGAUUUCUCAGGCGGAGGCCCGCAUGGAGCAGCUUUGCCGCGUUGAGAGGGAGUUUGUGGCCGAGGCGACGCGCACUGUGAAACAAAUUGUGAUGCUGGACGACGACGGGCCACGGGAGUUGCCCAAGUUUCUGCAGUGCUACCGCGUCGACAACAUCUUCUUCCGCGUCCUGCCCGACAGUCGCUCCGGGCGCAAUUACGUGGCGUCGCUCCGCGGAGUACUCCAAAGCCGCACGCGCCUCCUGACUGUGCCGCUUUCAUGUAUGUUUUUCUACCGGGGUAUGCCGGUUCUGGCGCAGGCUCUUGUCCCGAUGCCGCGGGAGCCAACUCGACUGUACGGUGCGGGCUCGACAAACAAUCAGGAGGUGGUGGCGGAGAUUUUGCACAUGGCGGAGGCUCUUAACAUUCCUUUUCCUGACGGUACUCUUGAGGUUUAUGAAGGGCUGGAUGGUCGGUUUUAUUUGACCAAUUCAAACUCCACGUUAACACCACUUUUUGUCGAUGAUACUAUUAUGAAGCGUCAGGAGAUGUUGCGGGUGUGCGAAUGUGUGACGGAUAGUCAUGAGGACACUGUUGCAGUGCUUGACAAGGAUGAGGUUUUGGAUGCUAUUGUGGAGUCUUGUAUGGACAGCGGGAUUUCUACAAUCACCGAUUGCCUUAAAAUUGUAUGUGAGCACCUGCAUGGAUUUGGUGUCAACAUGUGUUUGCUAAAACAGGUGAUUCAGAAGAUUGCGACAUCAGAUGGGUACAGCGCGGCAGCGGUGGCCAAUGUGAAGGAGAUACUUUUUGUAGAGAUGCUCGCUCGGUCGGUCAAGCAGGAAUUCUACUUGGAAGUACAAGGGAAGCGAGUUGCCUAUGACGACGAGGUACUUAGUGCGACGCUCUCCAAGCAUAUGGCGGAGGCCUUUACAACCGUAGAUGUAUUCCAGAGUCGCUUUUUGGAGGUGGUGGCAAAGAAGUACGGUGUUGUGGACGAAGAUAAUGACAUUAUACGCGGACUGACCACGGUACGGCUGAGCCGAAAGGCAGAAAUUGUGGCGCGGAUUUGUGCCCUGUUGGGAGUAACGAUCGAAAAAACGGGCGAAAAAAAAUCCAACAUGAUUUGGCACGUGAGCGUGAACGCACGUGUUCUCCCUCAGUUAAUUGACCCUAAAAAAGUGCGUAUUCUUGCUGAAAAAUACCGCACCAUCAUGACGCAGGACAGUCAUCGCCACGCAUUUUGCAUUCCCAUGCGUUGUAAAGUGGCAUGCUGGGAUGGGAACUAUGAUGAGGCGUUGGAUCUUGUGCAUGCGACGGCCGUGGCUCAGCGAAAUCGUUACGGGGAGUCUGCCAUUGUCUCUAUCUAUUCAAGGCGCAGUGUGUGCGAGGUGUGUUUUGCAACCAUGCAGAAGAAUUGUAUUGCUGAGGGGAGGAGUUUGUUUCCCGGUGUCAUGCGGGGCUUUGAGGAGUUGACAUGUUCCGUGACGCAGGGUAGACGCCACAUUGAGUACGGUUUUUGGAUCCUUCGCGUUGCGCUCGUGUAUCAACAAGAUGAUCUUGUCACGUACCGCAGCUGUGUGGAGGAGGCGGUGCAUCAUUUUUACCAAGCCAUUGGAAAACUUCCUGCGUACUUAACGAGUGAGCAUGGCUCCUGGCUGCACCUUCAACCAUACAAGGGGCUUUUACAGUGCAAACGGCUGCUCCCAUCAUGCUCCGUCAACACAAAGGAACUUGUGGAGCGGUCUAUUGAAUUAAGUACGAUUGGCUGGGCUUCCGACUUCUUUAUGCUGUAUUUGUGGGACCUGAGUCUUCAGCUCGAGGCGGAGGGGCGCUAUGAAGACGCUAUUCGGGUUCUUCUCACCGCCAUUACUGUGAGCAAGAAAAAACCAACCGUUACACUCGACUUGCCUUCGCUUCUGAUGGAUGCCGCACAUAUUUAUCGCUCUUGGGACCCGGAGAAGUACAGUGAGCACUGCUUAACGUUGUUGCGGGAGGCUGCAGAGAAGGCAAGUGAACUCUUUGGGCCUCACAGCAAACAGUACGCCGUUUUGCUAAACAACAAGGGCGCAGUUGAAAUUGAGCUGAAUCGCCUGAUUCAUGCGGGAGAGACACUUGAGAAGGCCGGCAUUGUUUUUGCUGAGGCAGGUGUGCCGAAUGACGACCCUGACUACAUCGCAUAUCUUGAAAACCUUGUCUACCUUGAGCAACGCCUUGCGGCGCGGCCGAUGGUGCAGCGAGGGUUUUUGCGUCGAUACCCUUUUCUUGCAACUCGCUCGGAAGACUUUCCGUUCAGUGAUGUGCGGCCUCUUGAAGACGAAGUUUUUGUGGAUCUUGCCCACAAGCGUGCGCGGAUGGCGGGUGGAACAUCGGACGCAAAAAAUUUGGAAAAACGAAUGAAAGAGCGGAUAUGGGAGCUGCUUCGUUUUAUCCAGGACGGUGAUGUAUUGAAACGAUACCCUUUUUUGCCGGCCGUCAUUAACGGCGUGCAUACCGCCAGCCUGCGACUUGACGAUGAUGUACUUUUUGAGGAAUUUGCCCGUCUUCUGCAUGCGAGCAAAGAUGCCAACGAGAGAAGAGAGUUGGAAUCCCGUCUACGAGAAUAUGUUGUUAAAAAGGCUGAAGAUACCGCAUUGCAGCGGGCAUACAUGGACCGAAUGGAUGAAGAGUUUAACGAGGCCCACGAAGGAUAUGUAAACUUGAUGCACCCUAUUCCUUGGUUAUAUGUUUUGGAAGAUGAGAGAUUUAACGCUCUGAUGGAUCAAAUGCAAAAGUGUGUCAACACCCAGGGACAUACUGCCCGAAUUCAGGCCAUUCAAGAAAAAAUGGCUCAGCGUGUAGCGGAAAUGGAGGGGGAGAUGUUUCUUUGGCGAGGGGAACUUGCAGAGUGGCUUUCACCCUCAAAACUUUACUCCGUCCACACAAAGGAUCUCACAGAAGACAUGCAACUGCGUGAUCUUCUUCGUGUACGCCAAUUUCCUGACUCCUGUGAGGGUGUUUCGGUGGACACAAUCAAUGCCCUGAUACGGGACAAGCUGGAAGCCCUCUGGAAACGUGCGGCCAUCAUUCGCUCCUGCCUUGCUGUCGAUGACGAGGAGCUGCAUAGGGAAUUUCCAUUUUUAGUAGAAAUGCCGCACCAUCAACGCCUGUCUACGUUAAUGCUGUAUGAGGACCCAACAGUAGCCAACCUCGCCAUGCGCCUGCGAACAGAGGGCGAUGACAGUCAUUUACAGACUGAAAUGAUGGGAGCUAUAAAAGCUAUAGCGGCACGCCGACGUGACUCCAAGGAACUUAAGAAGUGGUACUACGAUAUUGACUCUGUUAUGUCAGGGUCUCUUUCUCUUGAAAAUGUACCAAAAGUAAGGGACGAUUACUACGUACAUUUGUGGCAACAACGAAAUAUUGUUCAGGCACAGCAAGGGGAAAAAUCUCCGUUGAUGGUGAAAUUGAUGCAUCAGAUGCAGCACCGGAUUGUACAGAUGAAUUCAUGGAUGCGCAAAGUAAGUGCAAACGGUUUCCGGCGGCGACUGCGUCUUGAAGCAAAGUACCCAUUUGUUGAACGCCGUCAUGAAGGGUACACAUUAGAAAUGCUUGACAUUGAGGAAGAUGAGGAAUUUAUGUCUAUUGUGGAACAGCGACGGCGGCUUCUUACCUCGCCAGAUGCAUCGUCCAGCGAGCUUGAACGCCUUGGCCGUCAUGCUAACCAGAGAGUGAGGUGGAUCGCCUCGCAGCGUGUUAAACUCUCUGAGGAACUGAGUGAAAAAUAUCCGUUUAUCCCCAACCGAUUGGAGGGGGUGGAAACACUCACCAUCUGCUUGGAAGAGAAUGAAACGUUUGCAGAAAAGGCAGCGUACUACAAUCGCCUUCGUGAUGCCGGCAGUAACGACAAUGAGGUGCGUUGUCGUCGUUUAUUGCGUGAGAUGGAGAGCCUCGCACUUGCCGUUGCUCGUGAAAUCGGCGUCCGGAACUGGCGUGAAUCUAUCGAGUCCGAGGAUCUGCACGAGCGGUACCCGUUUCUUCCCGAGGAGCCGGUGCGCGGCAUUCUUCUUGGUGAUGUGCGUCCGGUGCAGCAGCCGGCGUUCCGCGAGCUUUCAAACAAGUUGGAUGAGCAGCGCCGGGACCCGACACGCAACGCAGCCGCGAUCCGCACGACGGAGGAGCAGAUGACUGCGUUGGUGGUGCGACUGGCUGAGGAGCGCGCGGAGGCGACGGAGAGGGCGCAUGAGCAGUACCCGUUUCUCCCACGACGUGUGCUGGGCGUGCGCCUUGGUGACAUCUCACUGCAGGAGGAUGAGCUUUUUGCCGCUGCCACCACCGAGAGAGUGGAGGGCAAAGAGCCUCUUCUUAAGUCGAGGGCGCAGGAGUUGGUGGUGUGUCAGAACCUGAACGAAGCUCAGCUUGCGGACAACGAUGAUGCAGUACUCUCACAGCACCCAUACUUUGUGUAUACAUCGCGGAAAUGCUUUCCGCUACGUCACCUUCCUUUGGACGACGACGUGCUGUUUGCUGAAAGACUUCGUGAGUACGAAAAUCUCAUGCAGGAUCCCUCCGUGGAUGAAGACGUUGCGGCAAUUGCACGCUUCCGCCUGGUGCUACGAGCGGACAGUCUUGCUUUACAUGAAAUUGAGAAGAUUGAGCGAAUUAAACAAACGUUUGUGGCGUUGCAUCCAUUGUCCCUGGAGGAUCUUCGCCACCUACAGGACCAUCGGGAGUUCCAAACAUACACGGGCGACGGUGCCCAAAACCCCUCACCGGUUUUACUUGAGGACGCCAAGCGCAUCAUUAUGGGAAGUAGAAAGGACCGUGCCGCACGGGUGCAAGAAUUGGAUGCAGUACGAAAAUCAUAUCCAACAUUUGGCCGUAGCAUUGACCCUGAAAUGUUGAAGGAUCCUGUCAUUGCCAAACUUGUCAGUGAUCUCGAGGAGCAACUGGACAACGCUGAGGGGAACGAAAGCAGUGUUAGUGAGCUUGAAGAAGAAAUCAAUCGGCAGAUAAUAAGACAUAAGGGACAAAUCAAAGGGGAGAUUAUUGAUUUAGAGGGUAGGCACGUACCCUUCAAGGAACAAGCUGUCGACUACUACGUGUUUGAUAUGGAGGAUGACAUUGUCGAUGACAAAUAUUACCAGGAACUUAUGGAAGAAUGCAGCGCUUUUGAAAACGGGCAAUUGCCAGAGGAUACACCACUGUUAAGAAGGCUUGCAAAACAAAUUGAAAUAAGGAAAAAUCAGAUAAAAAAUGAUAAUAAGAAAUUGGCCAAAUACCAAAAAAAGAUUGAACAGCGAACAGCCACAAGGUUUCCGUUUUUAAAUUCACACGUACAUGCGAUUCCCAUCACUGACCUACACCUUGAAGAGGACACAGUGAUGCUGCAACUAGAACAACAAAAAGCUUCCCAAAGACUCAUUGAUGCGGAAAGUCCUACAAGCAUCGAAAAAAAAAUGAUUGCGCGCGCAGAAGCGAUGGCGAAGGCGGUGCUGGAGGAGGAGGAGGCGCUUGCGGCGGCAUUUCCAUUUCUGGGGCGGAGUGUCAAGGGAGUCCCUCUGCGUGAGUUGGCUCUCAUGUCUGAUCCCAAUUUUGCGGAGCUGGCGACACGGCACGCGCAGGAGGCGACCUCGGGCGAUGCGGCGGGUAUUUUGCGCCUUGAGCAGGAGCUGCGUGACCAGGCAUGUCGCAUAGCACGUGAGGUGCGAGUGGCUCGGCGGCUUGACGCCGUUCGCAAUGAGGAUCUGCACGAGCGGUACCCGUUUCUUCCCGAGGAGCCGGUGCGCGGCAUUCUUCUUGGUGCUGUGCGUCCGGUGCAGCAGCCGGCGUUCCGCGAGCUUUCAAACAAGUUGGAUGAGCAGCGCCGGGACCCGACACGCAACGCAGCCGCGAUCCGCACGACGGAGGAGCAGAUGACUGCGUUGGUGGUGCGACUGGCUGAGGAGCGCGCGGAGGCGACGGAGAGGGCGCAUGAGCAGUACCCGUUUCUCCCACGACGUGUGCUGGGCGUGCGCCUUGGUGACAUCUCGCUGCAGGAGGAUGAUGUGUUGUCACAUCUGGCGCGGCGUCGUGUGCGGCAGCUAAGAAACUCCAAGACGGCGAUUGACGCACACGCAACUGAAGAAGAGAUGAUAAGGCGCGCAGAGGAGCUGGCUCGCAACGUGAAGCUUGUCGACGCAUACCGUGGGAAUGGGAACGAGUACGUGCGUGCCUGCAACCCGUUUCUCGUGUACGAGGACCGCAAGUGCGUCCUCCUGAGUGAGCUGCCGCUUGCCGGUGACGGCGUGUACCAGGGCUUGUUCCGGGAUUAUCUGACUGCGCUGGAGGACGCCGAGGCAAAUGCGCCGCGGAUCGCGGAGCUGGAGAAUGCGCUUCGGUCCCGUGCGGAUGAGUUGGCGCUGGAGGUUUGCGAGAGGGACGCGCGGUUGUCGCAUUACUCAUUCCUCUCGGCCCAGGAUGUUCCUGGUUGGUCUGAAGCACUGCUGCAUGACGCGGAGUUUCAGCAGCUACGUGAGCGUUACGACGAACUGAGCAAGGAUCCACAGGGGAACGCCGAGGCAUUGCGUGAGCUUGAGGAUGCAAUGGAGGCUCGGAGCAGAGCCAUUGCGGAAGCGUUGCGGACUGCAGAGGCGACUAAUGCCACUGAGCAGGCGAGGCUGAAGACGCCGUCACAGGCGGGGUCUGGCGUGUCCGCGGGUGAUCGAAUGCAUGGCAGCGAGCAUGCGGAUCUCGCGCAUGAAGGGGGAAGCACGGCUGGCGGCACCAUGAGGGGGGCAGAGUCUGUCGCCAAGAGCAGUGGGAAACACUCUCAAAGGUCGGUCUCGCAUGCGUCUGUCGUAGACCUGGGAGGCGAGGCCCAUGGGACACACUAUGCCUUUUUGCCCGAUGUGAUCAAGGGGAUUGCGCAGGAAGAGCUGUACCUGGAAGACGAUGCGUACUUCCAGGAGUUGCUUGCGAGGUAUAAAGAACUUGUCCCUGUGGGUGCCGAGCCAACCGAGCCACGCGCAAAGCAGUUGCGCGAGCAAAUGCGGAUACGGGCUGGGCAGCUUGCUGUUGACACCCGAAAGCUUCAUGCGGCCGAAGAGCGGGCUGCAUCGCGGAUGGCGACACUUUACCCGUUUGUGGGCUCGGCGCCGCUGGGAGUUGCUCUGUGGAGUAUCCCCGUGGAGGCGGACGAAGAGUUCUGUGCACUUCUGCUGAAGCGCGAAGAAGCGCUGGCGGGGAAGUCAGGGUCCGUCCACGAAGUGGAAUCUGCGCUGAGCGCGCGUGCGGAAGCGAUGGCGAAGGCGGUGCUGGAGGAGGAGGAGGCGCUUGCGGCGGCAUUUCCAUUUCUGGGGCGGAGUGUUAAGGGAGCCCCUCUGCGUGAGUUGGCUCUCAUGUCUGAUCCCAAUUUUGCGGAGCUGGCGACACGGCACGCGCAGGAGGCGACCUCGGGCGAUGCGGCGGGUAUUUUGCGCCUUGAGCAGGAGCUGCGUGACCAGGCAUGUCGCAUAGCACGUGAGGUGCGAGUGGCUCGGCGGCUUGACGCCGUUCGCAAUGAGGACCUGCACGAGCGGUACCCGUUUCUUCCCGAGGAGCCGGUGCGCGGCAUUCUUCUUGGUGCUGUGCGUCCGGUGCAGCAGCCGGCGUUCCGCGAGCUUUCAAACAAGUUGGAUGAGCAGCGCCGGGACCCGACACGCAACGCAGCCGCGAUCCGCACGACGGAGGAGCAGAUGACUGCGUUGGUGGUGCGACUGGCUGAGGAGCGCGCGGAGGCGACGGAGAGGGCGCAUGAGCAGUACCCGUUUCUCCCACGACGUGUGCUGGGCGUGCGCCUUGGUGACAUCUCGCUGCAGGAGGAUGAUGUGUUGUCACAGCUGGCGCGGCGUCGUGUGCGGCAACAAAGGUAUACGUCCAUUGCGAAAGAUGUUAAUUAUACUGAGAAAGAGAUGAUAAGGCGCGCAGAGGAGCUGGCUCGCAACGUGAAGCUUGUCGACGCAUACCGUGGGAAUGGGAACGAGUACGUGCGUGCCCGCAACCCGUUUCUCGUGUACGAGGACCGCAAGUGCGUCCUCCUGAGUGAGCUGCCGCUUGCCGGUGACGGCGUGUAUCAGGGCUUGUUCCGGGAUUAUCUGACUGCGCUGGAGGACGCCGAGGCAAAUGCGCCGCGGAUCGCGGAGCUGGAGAAUGCGCUUCGGUCCCGUGCGGAUGAGUUGGCGCUGGAGGUUUGCGAGAGGGACGCGCGGUUGUCGCAUUACUCAUUCCUCUCGGCCCAGGAUGUUCCUGGUUGGUCUGAAGCACUGCUGCAUGACGCGGAGUUUCAGCAGCUACGUGAGCGUUACGACGAACUGAGCAAGGAUCCACAGGGGAACGCCGAGGCAUUGCGUGAGCUUGAGGAUGCAAUGGAGGCUCGGAGCAGAGCCAUUGCGGAGGCGUUGCGGACUGCAGAGGCGACUAAUGCCACUGAGCAGGCGAGGCUUCGAGCUUUGUUUCCGAUGUGUGCCGACCUUCCCGUUUCCAUGGAAGCGGAUAAUGAGUCGUUGAAUCUUUUACGGCGGAGAUCGAGUUUGUUGAGUGAUGCCUUUGGAAAUUCAAGGGCCAUUGAUUAUAUUGACAGGAGUUUGCGCCGUCGUGUGUCGUUGCUGGCAUUGUCUCCUGAAGAGACUACAAUUGAAUUUUGCCAGGAAUCUGAGGUCGUUGCCUUUGACGUACGUAUGAAUCGGAAUGUAGGGAAGCAUCGUAGGUUACGGCAUACGACUGCAGCAAAUCAGCGUGAUGGUGGUGACGUUAGGGGCGCUGUGAGGAAUGAGGGUGAGGCUGCCUUGGAGGAACAGGGGGCCAAAAGUCGUGUGGAGGGGGUUGAAUUGGGUUCAGAGUUGGCUCUUAAGGCCGGAGAGAAUCUUGCUGCUGUUUUGGUGGAUGGGGAGGAGGAAGUUGAGAGGAGGACGAUUCAGCAGGAGGAGGUGUUGAGACGUGUGGAGCAUUGUUUGAGCGCUGUGGAUGCAUGCGAGGCGGCAUCUCGCGAGGGAUUAAUGAUGGAUGAAAAGAGUGCUUUGUAUGCGCAGUUGUUGUCAUCUAUGAUGGAGCAGGAGGAACUGGCUCGGAAUGUCGUUGACAAUGACCACGACAACGCAAUGAUGAAACUGCUGCAUGAAAAGGCCGCCGAAGAGGCAUCUGUUUGCCGAAACGAGGAGUUGGCCGCUGCUCUCUGUGGUAUGAUUGGUGAGGAAUCUGAUGAUCGGACACGGCUGCAAAAAAGCGAGGAGAAUAAACGGAAUGCUCUGCUUGAUGAGUGGCUGCAGCUUGAGGAGAGCGAUUUACGCAAACUUGUGGAGCUUAACGAGGUUCAAUUGUUGGAUGAAUUGAUGCUCGAAGAAUCCGAUAGCAGGAGAAAGGCUGCUCUAGGAGAGACUGAUAGAGAGUCAUACCGUGCUCGGGAAAAUCUGUGCGAUGAGGAGUCACUAGAUAGAAACCGCCUGCACGAUGUGGAAAGCGGAGAGAUGGAUGAUCUCCAUAAAAUGGCUUUAACGGAAAGACAUUCUAUCAUCUCUAAGGCUACGAUAGAGGAAUUAUGCGAUGCUGAAGCACAGGGGCGAAUUGGCAUCACGGCCAACGAAGAGGAAGGUGAUGUAGAAUUAGGGAUUAUGAAACUGGUUGGGGAUGAGAUGCUUCUACGACAAGAAAUUGAAGAAGAGGGUGAACAUCUGCUGGCCAGCACUACAAAUGCCUUUGAUGAGCUUUGCAAACUCAUGGAUACAUUGAAUGAGAUGCUGCUGGCUGUUGGGAGCACUGAGGGGGAGGAAAGAGCUAAGCUGAUGGAUGAGGAAAACAAAGCUCGGGAACAGAUUACGCUUGAGGUGGAGGAAGGCAAAGCUACCGCGAGGGACCGAACAAUAAAUACACUGAAUGAGUUGCUACUGACUGUGAAGAAGGCUGAAAGGGAAGAGAGGGCCAAGCUGAUGGAUGAGGAAAACAUCACCCGUGGGGAGGCCCUACUGGAGGCCGAGAAGGAGGAGAUCGAGUUGAGGCGGCGACGGAAAAUGGAGGAAGAGUUGCAUUUUGCUAUGGAUGAGGAGAAAAAAUGCCGUGACGUUAUUUUUGCUAAUGAGCAGGAGGAUAUAAAUCUUUUACGUCGAGAAUUAGAGGUGGCUAUUGCCGUUGAAGAGUCUGUUGCAAAGAUGAUUGGGUCCGAGGAGGAGGCGCGGCGUUCUAUUGGGGACACCGAAGAGUAUGAGUGGGGGCAGCUUCAAGAAGAAGUUGGGAAGGCGUCUCUGGAGGCCAUACGUGCGCAGGAGGAGCGUGAGACGGUGGAGAAGGAAGCUCAGCAGAUGAAACGCCGGCAGGAUGCACAGGCAUUGAUUAAGAGUGUUGUGUUUGCCUACAGAAUCAGGCGACGUCUCGCCAACCGCUUUCAAAAUAGAAAAGCGCAGGAGAACAAGAACGCCAUUGCGGAAAUACUCCGCAUGGAGUUUAACACGAGGAGUGCCAUUUGCGAUGAGGAGCGACUGGAGUGUCAGAAGAUUGAUGAGGCAAAGAGGUCCCUGAUUUCCCUUACAGGGACUCGGGCCGCCAGGACGAUUGCAGAGUUGGAGAAAGAAGAGGAUGACGCUCGCCAUGAACUGAUGGAUGAUUUUGCAUUUCAUCUGAGCCAGUUGCAACGUGCCUCACGGAAGGCGCUUGCGAAGCGACAGGACCUCAUUCCAUCACUCAAGCAACUUCAGGAAUUUGAGGAAAACGAAGACCGGAUGCACGCAACGACAAUGUUUACUGCCACUGGUAGAAAGGUUGGCUUACCCCUGAGUGACGACACUGGCGAUGAGGGCGAUGAGGAGGAAGAGUUUGAUACGCCGUUGACCACUGGAAAGUAUAAAGGCUACACUUUGGAUUCUAUUGGCACCUUCUUGCUGCAGUAUGAGAGGGAUCUUCAACGAUUUAAGGCGUCGCUUGAAAAGCAUAGAGUGAUCGUUGCCGCAGAUCAUGACAUGCUUAAGAAGGCUCGCGACAAUGCCACGCAGGAUAUGGUGCACGGUGGGACAGGGGCUCUGUGGAUCCCGACACGACCGCUUCCUUUAUCGGAUCUUGUGCGUGGACCCUCGGCGCAGUAUCGUCGUGGCCGUAUUGUUGACGCAAGAGGGCAGCGUCCCGUGUCACGAAUGACAGAUGCCGGCGGACGAGCCGCGACGCCAAGCGAUGUCCAUUUCUUUGACGGCCUUGUAAAAUAA